UUUUGUUUUUAUUUUUAUAUGUUUUUAAUGCAUACAAUAUUUGCUGGUUUUUGGAUCCUAAAUCUGGUUCAUAAGAUUAACACCCAUCAUGGCUUCAAUUGAGCAGGAAGAGCAGCAAUACCUGGCUGAUGUCCAGGCCGUCAAAACAUGGUGGCGGGAUUCGAGAUGGCGUUACACCACAAGGCCGUUCACUGCCGAACAAAUUGUGGCUAAGAGGGGGAAUUUGAAGAUUGAAUAUCCGUCAAAUGUUCAGAGUAAAAAGCUAUGGAAACUCCUGGAGGAACACUUCGCGAACAAAACAGCCAGUUUCACCUACGGUUGUUUGGAACCUACAAUGCUUACCCAGAUGGUGAAAUACCUCGACACUGUCUACGUCUCCGGCUGGCAGAGUUCUUCCACCGCGUCGUCGACCGAUGAACCUUCCCCCGAUCUUGCGGAUUACCCAAUGAACACUGUACCCAACAAGGUUAAUCAACUAUGGAUGGCUCAGCUUUUCCAUGACCGCAAACAGCGCGAGGAAAGAUUAAGGGCACCCAAGUCCCAACGCGCCUCCCUUCCUCACAUUGACUAUCUGAGACCCAUCAUUGCGGAUGCUGAUACCGGCCAUGGAGGCUUAACCGCUAUCAUGAAGCUGACCAAGCUUUUCAUCGAACGCGGAGCUGCGGGUAUCCAUAUCGAGGAUCAAGCUCCUGGGACCAAAAAGUGUGGCCACAUGGCGGGCAAGGUCUUAGUUCCCAUUAGCGAGCAUAUCAACAGACUUGUGGCCAUCCGAGCCCAGGCAGACAUUAUGGGAACCGAUCUCCUGGCUGUUGCUAGAACGGAUUCAGAAGCCGCAACCCUCAUCACAUCCACUAUCGACCCCCGGGAUCACGCCUUCGUUGUCGGUUCCACAAAUCCAAAUAUCAAGCCACUCAACGACCUGAUGAUCGCUGCCGAACAAGCCGGCAAGUCCGGGGCCCAGCUUCAGGAAAUUGAGGACAAAUGGAACGCCGAGGCCGGCCUCAAGCUUUUCUCGGAGGCCGUGAUCGACCACAUAAAAGCCGGCUCUGCCUCCAACAAGCAGGCCCUAAUCGACAAAUUCUUGCGUGAUGCACGGGGCAAGAGCAAUGCGGAGGCUCGCGCUAUCGCCAAGGCGCUUACUGGCUCAGAAAUCUACUUCAACUGGGAUUCGGCCAGAACCCGGGAGGGUUACUACCGCUACCGUGGCGGCACCCAGUGCGCUGUCAACCGUGCUGUGGCCUUUGCGCCUUUCGCUGAUCUGAUUUGGAUGGAGAGCAAGCUUCCCGACUACGCCCAGGCCAAGGAGUUUGCCGACGGAGUCCACGCCGUCUGGCCCGAGCAGAAACUCGCCUACAACCUUUCACCCUCUUUCAACUGGAAGGCCGCUAUGCCACGCGACGAGCAGGAAACCUACAUCCGCCGCCUCGGACAGCUUGGGUACUGCUGGCAAUUCAUUACACUUGCCGGUCUCCAUACCACCGCCCUGAUCUCCGACCAAUUCGCCAGAGCGUAUGCCCAGAAUGGUAUGCGCGCAUACGGCGAGCUUGUCCAGGAGCCGGAGAUGGAGCUUGGCGUCGACGUUGUUACUCACCAGAAAUGGAGUGGUGCCAACUAUGUCGACGAGCUACUGAAGAUGGUCACCGGUGGUAUCAGCAGCACAAGCGCCAUGGGCAAAGGUGUGACGGAAGAUCAAUUCAAAUAGAUUCAAGCCAUAAUUGCCCGUAGCCUAAUCCAGGGGCAUUUUUCUCUUUUCUCUUGUUAACUAUAUUGACUAGUAUAUCCUUAUCCUUGUCUCUGAUUUGAAGUGUAUAAAUAAGAAUUUUUCUGAGGGGUUUCAUGCAUUAUUUUCUGUUUUCCCCGUUGGAGAAAGAGGGGGCAUGAUUGAGAAUUUUCAAAAGCUAAAGGAUGAAUGUAUAUCGAUCAAAUGGGGUUUAGUAUUUGCUCUAGCUAUCAUAUAUUUUGUUUUAACGAAGCUGUUAAUUAACUACUCGAUCUGGUUAGUUAAGAUAGUUGUGCCUUUUUGGGUUUGGCGCCCCAAUGUGAUAAAACACCCCCCUUC